UCUAUAUCUGACAUGUCGUUAACUAACUCCGAGUAAUUUAAGCGAGAGAAGCCCUCCUCGUCGAGGGAUUUCUUUGCAACAUCUAACGAGGACGUGUCUGGCUCGCUCCAUGGUUUAUUGUUGCUGGAUCUGUAUCGGACAAUUUUUGAGGCAUAAAUGCGAUGCGACACCCCCCCGAGCUUCUUUCAGCUGACGAUUGUCCGCCGACCCCCUACACUAACCGAGGGGCUGUGCUUUAAAAAAAAGAAAAAAAAAACCGCUAGUGCAGAGAGAGGAACACGGGCCAUGCGCUGGCUUCGCCUGCCUUCAGGCUGGAAGGCAAAAAAACAUAUAGCACCAGGGAUUCGCUGGUCGUCACCGACCCAACUACUGUCACGUACAACGCUGCAUUAGUUGAGAGCAAAAAGUGCUUGUAUUCGGAAGGUUCAGAGAGG